AUGGCGGCAUUCUCGGGCCCAGGGAUGCUCGUGGCACCCCACCAGCACCAACCACAUCAGAGCUCCAUGCUCGACUCAGCAGAUAAAAGUGCCGCUUCUGCUCCUUUGAGCCCAAAUUCGGCCAUCAGCUUCCCUUCUGCCUCAUCGCCGCGUCAAUAUCUCACCGACCUGACCGAGUCAAUUGUUCUCGAGGAAGGUGGAGAGUCUGGCAGCGAAUCCGCCAUUGAACCAGUCACUCCCAUCAGUGGUCGUCAGUCCCAGGACUUUACGCUUGAGAAUCAAGACCUCGCAGACCUCCAGAGCUACCAGUCCUACCAAGCUAGCUCAGUCACAUCAGGCGCCGUUCCUAUUCCUAUUCCAGGCGCCAACAGCAACAGCAAGGCGCUCUAUCAGACACAAACACAGUCUUCUCGUCGACCUUCGCAUACCGAAUCUACAACCCCCAAGUAUACGGACUACGAAGUCACCUCCACCGGAACUCCGCUCUCCAAACGGUCGACUCGCGGCUCGACCUCGAGCUUCAAGCGCACAAUGUCCAACUUUUUCCGCCGCUCAAAUUCCCAGGUGGCCAACAACUCGGCCAUCAUGGACUCUGCCACUCCUUCCGUUGUUUCUGCACCCACAGAACCUCAGACCAACGGUAACCCACGAGCCACCCACCGUCGGCGCUUCUCCAUGAACCGCUCUUCGGCUACAACUCGCUCCAACUCGCCCCCGUCACCAAGCGAUGCCGGUCUCGAAAUGGCUUCAGUGCACCGUGAGCGCUCAGCCAACAACCUGCCCAGCCAGAGUGACUUCAAGAAGAACCGGGCCUCCACCGGUCUGAAUCUCCGUGGCCGAACUAUCGGCUUUGUUACUUCAAACGCCAAGAGUGCGAAUGGAGACAAGCGCCCCCAGCUUAGCCGUCGAGCUAGCAGCUUCGACGGAAGCCGUCCCAACACUCCUCUGCCACCGCCCGCCGAGCAAGAUGAGACCAUGUACCCUCCCCAACGCAGCGUCUGGCCGCUCCCUCCGGACUCUGGUACUGGUGCCAAGGCUAGGCGCAUGAGUCUUAGCCUCCCCGAUGAUUUUGCUGUCGAUGUUGUCGAACUACAAAGCGAGUUUGAGUACCAGCGCAAGUUCCUUGGCCGUCAUGGCAAGCAUCUCGGAAAGGGAGCUGCCUCCAAGGUGAGGCUCAUGAUGCGCAAGGGUUACCCCGAAGAGCUCUAUGCCGUCAAGGAAUUCCGUGGUAAGUCUCGCCGUGAGAGCGAACAGGACUACGAGAACAAGAUCAAGUCCGAGUUCAGCAUCGCCAAGAGUCUGCACCAUCCCAACAUCAUCGAGACUUUCCGCCUCUGCACCGACCACUCCCGUUGGAACCACGUUAUGGAGUACUGCUCCGAAGGCGAUCUCUUCAGCCUGGUUCAGAAGGGUCACCUCAAGGGUGAGGAGCGCAAGAAGGACCGCCUGUGUCUCUUCAAGCAGUUGAUUCAGGGUGUUGCCUACCUCCACGCCAACGGUAUUGCUCAUCGUGAUAUCAAGUUGGAGAACCUUUUGAUUACCAAGGACAGCAAGCUGAAGAUUACCGAUUUUGGUGUCUCAGAAGUCUUCUCAGGCACUCAUCCUGGUCUUCGUGAGGCUGGCGGACAAUGCGGCCGUAAUAUGGGUGAGGUUCGCCUUUGCUCUCCUGGCAUCUGCGGCAGUGAGCCCUACAUCGCCCCCGAGGUGCUUGCCAAGAAGGAAGCCUACGACCCUCGCGCCCUGGAUGUGUGGAGCUCAGCCAUCAUCAUGAUCUACCUCACCUUUGGCGGUGCUAUUUGGUCCCGUGCUGAGGCGGGUAACCUGCACUACGACAAGCUCGUUGAUGGCUGGAACAAGUGGUACGCUAAGCACCCCGAGUGCGAUGCUUGUAUUUCCGACAGCGACUACCCCAAGUGCUACGCCCUCGACGUUGGCGUUACUCCGCCUGCUCUUCGCCGCCUGUUGCUGCAGAUGCUUAACCCCGACCCUCACAAGCGUAUCGGCAUUAACGAGGUCAUCAACAACCGAUGGAUGAAGAAUGUCGAGUGUUGCCAGGUAGAAUCAUAUGACGACCCAGCUCUGGUUAUCGACGCCACCAAGAAGGACAACAAGGUCAACGGAAACAAGAAGAUCUUCUGCCACAAUCACCUGCCCCCGAAGAUGUCUGGCGGUCACUCCCUGGGCAAGAUGCCAGGCCAACCUGGCUAUUAG